AUGACAGACCUAGCCCUCGUGCCGGUGCAGCUGCAAGCCUUCGUGCUCAACCCAGCUGUCUGCAACACCGGCACAGACGACGACAACGGCGCACGCAUCGUGCCCAUCACCCAGCCCAACUACACCUUCCUGCGGCUGGACAACUUCGUCCUCCAGCCCGAUGUCAUGAACCACGCCGACAUGCACAACGCCGCGCCCGCCGCCAAAAACUCGCGCAUGAGCGACCUCGGGCUCACGCCGCCGGAACCGCGCCGGAACCGCCACGGCGUCUAUGUGCAUUGGAUCCUGCCGCAGGUUUACCGCAGCGGUGUCACCUCGGCGCCGUCGGUGCCUGCUGAUCGCCGCGAGGAUGAGCGGUUGCGCCGGGGUCACGCCCCGUCGAGGAAGCCGGGCACGGGUGAGAACGUCAAGGCGCCUGCGCCGAGUUCUACCCCUGAGUUCCUCCAGCCGCCGACCAAGUAUCUCGUCGUGCGCAAGCUGGAUCUGGACAGCGUCGUGCCGGCGAGUGCUAAGUCGCAGUUCAAGGAGUACCAAGCCUGGGUGAUCGAGAGCGAUUUCCUCUGGAAAAUCGACGACAUUCCCUUCAACUACGACCUAGAAGUGGAUGUAUCCCCCUUUGUCGUCGGCGUAGCCGACGGCCGGGACGCCAGCAUCGUCCAACAAGCCGAGGUGUUCAUCGGGCGGAAAACCCCCCUCGAAUCCUGGACCCCGAACGCGGUCACAGACCGGUUUGCCGAUAAUUUGACGUUGCUCCGCAGCAACAACCAGCUCUUCGCCGACUUCCAAAUGCACAACACCAACGUCUUCAGCAUGCUGGACAAUUUCGUCUACGGCACCCCCGACGAGCCCCAAUACCUCGACCAGGCCAGCGCCAGCUACUACCUCAUCGGCUGGCACAAAGACACCCACACCGACCCUUUGUACGACGCCUCCAGGCGCUUCACCCGCGAAAAGAAACUCUCCGGCCUCUUCAUGGGCCUCGCAGACAGCGGUAUCCCCGACACCACCAAAGCCUGGCUAACCUCCACAGACCCAGCCCAUCUCUGUCUUCACGGCGCCGUCUACGACGUCCGCUGGGACCACUCCUCCAAACCCGCCACAGUCCCGGCCGACAACUACUCCGCGCGUCUCCGUGACCAGACUAUCCCCUCCCUAGCCGUCGGUACCACACCCAUGGAUGCGCUGCUGACGUAUAUCUCUGCGCGUGACGGCCGUGAGGAACCGGGGUUGAUAGCCCAGUUGGAGGAGGAUAUCCUCCUGAUCGAUACCCUCCUGCACGCGCGGGAUGAUGGUGUCGAAGGCCAGCGCGAGGCGAAGGAUACGGUGUAUAACUGGAAUUUUUCGCGGUUUCGCGGGGGCACGCAUUUCUAUCUCGGUGGGGAGGACGCGACAGGUAGACCGACGCAGCCCGCGCCGGAGUCUAUCAAGGCGCUGAGGGAGGUGAAUGCGUUGCAGGUGCAACUGGAUGGGUGUGAAAGGUUAGCCCGCCAGCGGAGAUGGGAUAUGUUUGCGAUUUGGUGGAAGUAUGUCAGUGAUGUCGCGAAUAAGGACCGGGAGCAGCAUGAUCCGGCGUUUAAGGCGCUGGCGGAGGAUUUGGCGACGAGGAUUACGCAACUGGAUAAUUAUGCGGAUGAGUUGAGGAAGGAGAUAUAUACCCUCACGACGAAAGAGGGGACGGCGUUGGUGAAUGUGAAGACGGGGACGCAACCGCAUUUUUAUCGGGCCAGGGAUCCGACGUUGUUGAUUGGGGGGGUGGAUGCUGGGUGGGCGUCGGAUUUUGGGAAGAAUGUGACGGUGCGGUUGCCGGAGCAGACGGUUGUUGUUAACCCUCCGGCAACCGUAACGCAGUUGGCGGCGGAUGUGUUGAAGGCGUUUCCUGAUGUGGUCCCCCUGAAGGAAGUGGGCAAGUUGCUGGGGGAGUUUUUCACGUUGAGCCCCGAGCAGGGCAACCAGAAGCCGGGGGACGGGACUUGCUACCCGCAGUUCCACGACACCCUCGACAGCCCGCCCGGCGUCCAGCCUCCGAUUCUCCGCGACCAAUGGGGCAACCGCCAGCCGUGGCUACCACUAUUUGUCGAGUGGGAAGUAGAAUACACCCACGUGCCCUUCGACCUCUGGGCGCUCGACGAGCAAGUCUCACGGCUCUCCGACAACCGACUAGUCCGGUACGGCGUCGAGGUUCCAAGCGGAAAACCCCUCUGGGAAGAACUUGGCCCAACCACCAAGGCCGAACCCCCCGACACGCGCAUCCUCUCUGGCCGGGUCCUCAUCCUCCCGCAACCCACCUUUUCCCUAACCGCCAAGGUAACCCAACUCUUCACCGACACACCCCCCGAUAUCCUGCGGAAGUACCUCGGCGACGACGAAAGGCAGAAUUUACUGGAUAACAUGAGUGCCCUGCAGUACCUGUCGUGUCCGCUGGCCGGGUUGACCGAGGGGUUGUUGACGCUGGGGAUGGGCACGCAUGUCAAGCCGGAGUGGAAGGAGGUUGCGAAUGAUGUGGAGACGGUGACGGCGAUGAAGGCGGCGCAGUUUGAUUCUGCGGGGUUGAACAAGGAGAGGCUGGAGAUGAUUCAGGGGAAUUCGGGGCUCACGCCGUAUGCGGCGUCGGUCAGUUUUGGGGGGGACGAGUGGUGUCCUUUUAAGCCGGUGACGCAUGGGCAGUUUCGCUUCCGCAAACUCAACAUCAUCGACAAGUUUGGCCAGGCCAUCGUCACCAUCGACCCGACCCCCCAGCGCGACCACGGCCACCCCCCCAUCUUCCCCGCCAUCAGCGAUUUCUACGAGCCCCAGGCCGUCGUAGUCAACAACCAAAAAGUCGCCAACACCGUCGUCCAAAACAACGGCACCGCCUGCGAGUUCAUCCAACUCCCCCCGCAAAUCAACCAAAACGCCCGGCUCAACGCCCAGUUCGUCACCGUCGCCGACGACGGCGACUCACCCACCCACGUUGGAGGCGGCAGCCCCAACAAACCCUACUGGCGUCCCACCACAGAAUGGGAAUCCCCCAUCUGGGGCUGGAUCGUAACCAACUACGCCGACUACGGCAUCCAGCUUUUCACAAAGGACGGCAUCUUCUACGGCGAAGCCCGCAUCGGCGGUCCCAACGGUGCCAUCCCGGGCCCCAAAUGGAGUCCCUUCAAGCCCCCGCCCGCCGGCACCACUUCUACCCGGGACCUCGCCCGCCUCGACGCUCUGAUCACCCGUCUCGGACAGGCGGACUACCUCAAGGGGUUCUGGACCAUGCUCACGCGGGCGCUGGACAGUCUCCCGCCGGCGCCGGACGCGUACGCCCAGUUUUUGAGUUCGGUUGUGGGGAAACCGUUGGCGUUGGUUACUACGGGGUGGUCGGUCGAGUUGGAUGCGCCGCCGUUGGGGAAUCAGUCGACUACGGCGAAAGUCAGUUCCCCGGAGAAGAAGCUCAUCGAUACCGCGACGCCGGAAGACGGGUAUACCUUCCACGUCAAGCUCGGCGAUCGAGAACGCGAGUAUGACGGGUUAGUCGGCUACUUCGACGGUUUCCCCUCCCCCGCCACCGACGACACCUCCCACAAGGGGGAAGAACUCAACUACGACCAAAUCAAAACCUACUUCUCCCCUCCCCCGGACCCUCAACACUCCUACCCCAACCUCAUCCCCAUCUCCAAAACCAACUACCCCACCUUCCAACCCUACCACAUCGCCCCCUUCCCCGAAACUGAUCCCCCGGACUACAAACAACAAAUCCACCCGGCCGACUACACAAACCAACACAACGCCGAGUUAUCCAAACACAUCUUCGGCGCCAUCAUUGACCCCUUCACUCCCAUCCACGCCUACUCCUCCUUCCUCCCGGCGCAGACGCUGGAGUUGCGGCCGUGGACGUGGCAGGGGGCGAUGGAGAAUGUAGUGGCUUUUUUGCAUGCUGGGCCGGUUACUUUGAUUCCCGAAGGAAAGGGGGGUAAGGGGGAUGUGACCGACGGGUUUGAUGAGGGGAGGGAGUUGACGGCGGAUAAUGCGAAGCAGAAGCCGCCGGUGGAUGUGGUGGGUGUGCCGGCGUUGGGCGGCGGGGAGUGGAGUUGGUUGCAGCCUUAUGUUGAUCCUGAUACUCCCUCUCCGAGACCCUCUCCUUCUGCGGCGGUUGGUGGUGGUGAUGGGGGUGGCGGUGGGGAUGAUGAUUUGCCCAUCCCUGUGUACAACGCAUACGGGAUCGAGUCAAAAGGCAACCUGUUGUCGCCUGGGUUUCAGAACGGGCCGUACAGUGCUGUCGAGGGGUUUUUGAUGCUUCGUCGGCCGAUUAUGGCUGCUGAUCCGAAUAAGUAG